UCCACCUCUAUUGAUGUGAAAUAUGGUCCCAAGAUGCCUUCAGUGUCGGUCAGUCCCUCUGGUGAAAUAGUGGAGGGCAGUUCAGUGACUCUGACCUGCAGCAGUGAUGCUAACCCAGCAGCUAAUUAUACCUGGUACAAGGAGAACCAAACUCUGCUUCAAGGACCAGAGGGAAGUUAUAAUUUCACCUCCAUCAGCUCUGAGGACACAGGGACAUACCACUGUCAGUCUGAGAAUCAAUAUGGACAGAUAAACUCUUCUUCUGUACUAAUAGAUGUCCAAUAUGGUCCCAGGAUCCCCUCAGUGUCGGUGAGGCCCUCUGGUGAAAUAGUGGAGGGCAGUGCAUUGAAUCUGACCUGCAGCAGUGAUGCUAACCCAGCAGCUAAUUAUACCUGGUACAAGAAGAAUGAAACUUCACCAAAAGCAUUGGGACAGACCUUCACCAUCACAAACAUCACAUCUGAACACAGUGGAGAAUAUUACUGUGAAGCCCAAAACAUAAGAGGACGUCAUAACUCCAAAUUACAGCUGACUGUUGUGGAAGCUGCAUGGAAAUUAAUCAGUGCUGUAGCAUCUGCUACCGUUUUGCCGGCUAUCAUACUGACCUGUCUCCUCCUGUGGAUUAGGAGAAAGAGCGCCACCAAACAGCUGUCUGCACCAGGAGAGGGACCAGACAGCAUGCUGCAGCUAAACUCCAUGUAUGAAAACAUAUCAGCUGCAGCAUCGAGACACCAGACAGAACAGCAAGAUGAGCUUCACUACACCUUCAUCCAUUUCACCAAGAAACAUGAAGAUCCUCUCUACUCCAACAUCAUGAUGCCUCGGCCCCAGAAACAGGAAGAAGAGAAAGUCCAGUAUGCUGCUGUAAACUUUAAAACAGACAAAACUGAACCUGGAACCACAACCCAAGGAGCUGAGGACGAUCCAUCUGAGUUGUACAGCAAAGUCCAAAAAUUCCACAAGAAACCGAGGGCCUGAACACAACACAGCUCUCUGGUGUAUUAUUAAUACAUGUUGUUCUUUCAUUUUUA